CAUUUUCAUAUAAUACACACAACACAACCAGACCUCUUCCAAAUUCCACUCCCACAUUUCUCCCUCACCCUCUCCAAUACAUCCCAAUGCCUUCUAUUUCCUAGGAAACUCCAAGAAGAUCGCGACGGACAAAUGCGAUUUGAAGAAUUCUGAGCUAGCAAGGCUGUCAUUUUGAAGAUAUCCAUUUGGUGAUGUGAUUCUGGUUUACCUUCUCAAAACCAAAGCCAAUGUCUUUCAUUUCCGGGGCCUGCAUCACAUCAUCAUAUCCUGCAGAACUUUUAUUGCAGGAUGAUUCUUUAUUGCCUUUGAGAUUGUGGGUUUGAUUAGAUUUUUUUUAUUUGUUUAUGAAUUGUGGGAGGUUUGUUUGUAUAAUAUUAGGAGCUUUAAUGGGUGUGGCAUACAGAUGGCUAUAUGUGGCUGCAAUUCAAGAAUUUGACAACAAAGGCACAAGAAGACUUUCAGGGUGGUAUUGAUGGAGUUCUUCAAAAGCUGGCACAUCCUCUGGCUGCUCUUUUCUCUGUCAUUUUCAUCAUCAUCAUCAUCUUUUGUGCAAGCCUUGUAUGGCUAUGACCCUGAGUCCUUGAGCACUUUUUUCCAUGAUUAUGCAAACACAAGUCUAAGGAACCCUCAUACUGGCACGCUAUACAAUAUUUCUCUCCCUGCUAAUUUCUCUGGCAUGGAAGCUUCUUUUGUUAGGGUCCUUAGUGCAAAGUUUUGGAGUAGAGGGGCAAAUUUCAGUUCAUUUCAAAUACCACCAAGGGUUAUUCCAAUGCCUUACGGAAGAAGGCUAGCUAUAGUGUUUGAGAAUUUAGGCAAUUGGUCUUCAAGUUACUACCAGAUGUCCAAUUACACAUUGGUUGCUCCUGUUGUUGGCUUCAUGGCUUAUGAUUCUCCAAAUGCAACUCCAAUAGGAAAUCAGAAGCUCAAUUUCACUACUCAGGGUGACCCCAUUACAAUCCGGUUUCCGCAUAUUGAUGAUGUGCAAGGGAAAAAUGUGACACCAAAAUGUGUCCAAUUUGGUGCUGCUGGGAGCUUUGAGAUCAAGAACAUGACCAAGGAAAAUGAGUGCAUUACACAUGGUUUAGGCCAUUUUUCCAUUGUUGUUCCAUCUCUGCCUAGGCCAGCGCCAACGCCAACGCCAACGCCAACGCCAGAGAAGAAAAAGAGGCAUCGGAAAGGGUUGGGGAAAGGGUUUGUAGUUGGAAUUGUGCUUGGGUUGGUUUUACUGGGAUUGGUAAUGAUAGCCAUAUUCAAGUUCUGGUGGAGGAAGAAACUUAAAGCUAUGGAGAAGCAGUCUGAAAAGGAUGUAGCUUUUGAUACAUUUUGGGUUGGGAGAAGUAAAAUGCCAUCUGCAUCAAUGACUAGAACCCAACCAUAUCUUGAACAUGAAUAUGUUCCUUGAGUACUUCAAUCUUCUUUGUAGUUCUUUUUCUUGUGUACUUCUUUUUCUUUUUCCAUCCAAAUUUGUAAUAGUGAAAGUUAUUUUAAAUCAUGAACUUUAGACUGA